UAUAUGGUUCAUGCACUGCACACCGCACUCCUGAUAUGUCCUUGUCUUCUGGAAAUUUGAGAUUGAUGUGUACUGGCAUUCUCGUGAUAGUUUUGGCAAUGCAUGGAUUUUCUUGUACCCUCAGUUCUUUUUUUUCCUCCUCGCUGCUGCUGGAUGUCUACAUACCCCAAGAGAUUGGCGCCCUGUUCAGCAUCCCGACGGUCCCAUCGGAACUGCUGCUCUUCUCGCCCCUCGCCUUUCCUCCUUCCAAGAAUUCCAUGGCAAGUACCACGGUUGGCGUUUCUCCCUUCCUCUCUCCUCCAUCGGUCCUCCUCCUCUUUCUCACCUUCGUCUCCUUUUCUUCCUCCUCUCCACCCAACGAAAUCCCAUAUGCCGAACACUGCAACUCCACCGUCCCCGAGUCCAUCCCCACACGCCUCCUUGUCCAUUCCAGCUCCUUCCAACUCCGACAAGGCUACUUCUCCGGCGGUGGCGACCUUCUCGAGUCAGAUUCCAGCUCUCGCCGCUCUAAACCAAAGUCCUUCCAAUUCCGAGCUGAACACCUCCACCAGACCCAAAGCACGGGCAUCAUCCAGGUCCGUGGGACCCUAAUCCUCCGCGGUGGAAACACUCGUACCCUACAGAACUAUACGGAUUCGACAGACGGCUCUCUUGUCUAUUAUAACACCACUGUGAGGAAAGAAGCCAUCUUUGACCUCACCGGCUUCUGGUCCAGAUCUUCCGGCAAGCUUUGCAUGGUGGGACGCGGCUCUCUGGAACACGCUGCAGGAGGUAGCUCUCUUGAUCUUUCUGCUGUUCUUAAGCUUAAUUAUCCUGAGAAAUCCACCAUCGCUACUAGCUUAGUUAGUGGUUUCGUCGAGAGCUUGGAUGCAACCACUAGCCCAAGUCACUUCAGUUCCGUUCAGGUUUUAGCCUAUGCCCAGAAGAAAUAUGAGUACACGAUGAUCUCCCAAGCGAACAAAUCGUGCUCCCAUCAUAUGUUUGAUGAAGAAUCGGCAGAAUUUGAUUCUAAUUCCUACUGUCCUAUACUCCGGAGAUUACAAGGUCAGUUCUUUAGAUUGGACUAUGGCAGUGACUGCUCUAGAACGAAUUGUGGCCCUUUCGGUACGUUUGGUGAAAUUUUCAUGUCUUGGAAUCUACUCCAGUGCACGGAGGAGGGAAGGUUGCAUUUUUAUAUUGGCUUCUCCAAUGUCAGUAAGCAUCCAUACAAUGGAUUUGUGCCUGAGAAGUCUUUGGUUGGUGAGGGGUUCUGGGAUCCAAGUGGGAACCGGCUCUGCGUCAUGGCCUGCCACAUACUCAACACUCAAGGGGAUUUUCUGGCAAACGCCUCGGUUGGUGAUUGCACAAUUGGCUUCAGCUUAUGGUUUCCUGUAGUGUUGUCGAUCGAGAAUACCAGCAGCGCCGUCGGUCAUAUAUGGAGUAACAAGAGUGUGAGUGAUGCAGGCUAUUUUAGCAAAGUUUCGUUCUCUAGUUUCGGUGACAAUUUUGGGUUGGUUCCUGGUUUAAAAUAUAAGUACACCAGAUUGGAUACGGUGAAGAACUUGUGUGUAGUGAAUGAUGUUGCACAAUUGGAGAAGAGGGGAUAUCCCGAUGGAAGAUCCUUCCGCGACAUGAAAUUUGGUUUUGGCAGCAAGAAUGCAUGGGGACAGGCAACACCGAUAUCAGUUGGUGAGACGCUUAAUCAGAAUGCUGAUGGAUGGCAAUAUGCAACUCUGGUAUCAGACGAUGAGAUAUUCCAUGGACAUAUCCAUUCCUUUACAGCAACAAAACCAGCACGGACAUUGGUAAAGCCGGAGCAGACCCACUGGAAUGUAAGCUACAAGAUAAGCUAUACCUUCCGGGGUUCCACUUCGGAUGAGUAUGUGUCGACCGAGAUCUCAGCGGAAGGGAUAUACAAUGCAAAAACUGGCAAGCUCUGCAUGGUAGGAUGUCAGUAUCCAAGCUAUGCAUUCGCUAAAAAACAAGGAAAAGGUAUGAAUAACACUAUGGACUGUGAAAUUCUCAUCAAUGUCCAGCUUCCCCCUCUGAAUACAGAGAGUGGAGAGAUAUUUAACGGCACAAUUAAGAGUACAAGAGAGUAUUCGGACCCACUUUUCUUUGAUCCUAUAGAGGUUUCCACAUACGCUUUUUUCAGAACAGCCCAAACGGCCGUCUGGAGGAUGGAUAUAGAAAUCGUUAUGGUUGUUAUCUCCCUCACACUUUCAUGUAUUUUUAUCAGAAUGCAGUUUUACCAUCUCAAGAAGCAUUUUCCUUCGAUAUCCAUCACGAUGCUUGUUCUUCUUACUCUCGGCCACAUGAUCCCUUUGAUGUUGAACUUUGGAGCAUUGUUCUAUAAGACUCGUAACGCACAGGACUUUCUAUACCAGAGCAGUGGAUGGAUCGAGGCAAAUGAGGUUAUUGUGAGGGUAAUGACGAUGGUCGCUUUCCUGCUGCACUUUCGUUUACUUCAAGUCGCAUGGUCUUCUAGAUCAGCGGAGGAGAGCAAGAAGGACCUGUGGGUUGCCGAGAAGAGAGCUCUUAUUUUGUGCUUGUCUUUAUAUCUUGCUGGUGGACUAAUUGCCUGGUUUGCUCACACGAGGUCGUUUGAAACUAGAGGACACGGUUCUCACUAUUCGAUUCGGCGCCACCGUUCUCUAUGGGAGGAUCUGACAUCAUAUUGUGGCUUGAUACUUGAUGGCUUCCUGCUGCCUCAAAUAAUUUUUAAUAUCUUUUGGAACUCCAAAGACAAGGCUCUGACCCCUUUCUUCUAUGUUGGAACCACCAUUCUCCGUGCAGUGCCUCACUUAUAUGAUGCUUAUAGAGCUCACUAUUAUGUUCCCCAUCUCAUCUGGUCAUACAUCUAUGCUGGCCAUGAUGGAGAUUUGUACUCCACGGGAUGGAAUAUCUUUAUUCCUUGCCAGGGAGUGCUCUUUGCAUUUCUUAUAUACUUGCAGCAGCGGUUUGGUGGUGAUCGCGUCCUUCCUAAAAGAUUUAGAAAUCCUGGUGAGUACGAGAGAGUCCUGAGUCCUUAGCAGCUCUUUUCGAUAAACUUUGUGUAAAAUUUGUAUCAUGCACGAUAAAGCUAUGUUUGAUUGCUGCAAUGUCUGAUCCCGUGAUUGGAAAUCUAGCGGCGUGGUGGGUCCAGAAUAUCUCAUUUUCCUCUUUGUUGUUGUACUUUGUGCAGUUCUAUGUUGGAAUGGAAGUAGUAUAAUCCCUUCUUGUACUAUUUUCCGUAGUGUCAAGCUCUGUUUUAUCACAAUGUAAAUUUACUGAUAAGUUGGACAAUAGUGUUAAUGAAUUAGUAAUGCAUGUAUCUUAAU